AUGGGCAAGUAUAGCGCCGGCCUGGUAUUUGACCUCGCUGCUGCGGAUCCACCCCGGUCCAGUUCCUGGGUCUCCAUCCCAUCAUCUUACCGCAACUCUCGCAGUCGCCAGGAUUCCAUGAUGUCUGCCACUCAUCACUCCAACCUCUGGACCUCUUCCCGCCCACUCGACGAGCCUUCUUUCGACGACUUUGAUGACUUUGACGACGUUGACGACUUUGAGGACGGAGCCAGCCUAGAAUCGGGCACAAUGCCUGCGAUACUGGCCAAGCGGCCUGUGGCCAUCACACGCGACUCUUCCCCUUCAACUCGCUCUCUCAACGGCAAACCGAGCCAUCGUGCCAUGAACAAACACCUCCGCGACCUGAACGGACCGUGGUCGCUCUCGAAAGCACUCUCCUCCGGUGUUCCGCCUGCUCUAGAACUACAAGGGUUUAACUCAGCCACGAGAAAGGCGAUUAUAGCGAGUCCGAUAUCACUGUGGAUCUCUCAGUCGCACUACCCUUCGCAGAUAUUCGCGAAGGAGACUACUACCUCUUCUAUCCCGACGCGCACGGAACGAUGGUAUCCACCUCAUAAUGGCACAUGGAGCGAAUGGUGGACUACGAGUUCGGCAGGUAUGAAAGGCGGAUAUAUAUCCACGAAGAGUAGAUGCCGAUGGACCAAGGGAAGUGAAAUAGAGCAUGGUGAUGGAGUCGUCUUUCUCACUGCGAACCUGAGUAUGAGCGGAGAGCUCUUCAUGGCGGAGGUGGAGUGUCUGGAGAUGGGGUGGAGAGCGAAGCAGGUUUGGUUUGUGGAUCGAGGGAGACUGGUUAGGAGAAUUGUCACUUUGGGCGAUGAGGGGAAACGGGCCGAGACGACGUUGGUCUACUGUUUUGAUGGCUGA